CUAGAAGCCAUGGACACCAAAGAUUUUGAUGUGGUCCGCAUUGCAAGGAGCGAUGGAGCCGACACCGGACCAGGGUAUUGGCCAGUGACAACGCCAACACCAGCGGCUACCACCGCCGCUAAGAAGACAGGCAAGGAAGCCACUGUCGCAGAUAAGACGCCGCGAACAAAGCCGCAGAUGACAAGGUUAGCUGAAGAUGACCCGAGAUUUGUGGAGUGGCGGAUCAAGUUGGGAAUUCUGCUGAAGCAGGAGCUUUCACCCAACCCAGACGAAGGAAACCCGUGGUAUGUGCAAUUCCCACGAGGCUACUGGUUAUAUGAAAAGUCCAAGCAUCUGUGGGUGUCUGGGUACCCCACCAAGACAAAGCUAUUCAAGAGUCCGCAGGAAUUUGGCGUCCACUUGAUAUGGCUGCUGUCAGCAUCCAAGGACUACAGCGACUGCUACUGUGUUCACUGCAACAUUCAUGGUCCUUCAAAGCCUCUAGCUGCUUUUGAAGAGGCGGCCCUAAGCGAAGUCCCAGCGAAGCCUGAGAAGCUUGAGAGACCCGUCAAGGUAACGCCAGUUCCUUUACCCACAAUUCCAGGCCAGCCAUCUCUCAAGCCGGCCAAUAUUACCCCUCGUCCACAACCAGUGCAGCAGCCUCAGCAGCCUCAGCAGCCUCAACAACUCCCACAGCAACUGCCACAGCCAAAGCCUAUACAGCAGACUCCUGUACCGCUGCCCACACCAAUUCAACCGCGUGAAUCGCGCGAGCCGAUCCAGCCCACACAAUCCGCUCAACCCACUCAGCUUAUACAACCAAACCUGUCCCAGCCACUCCCUACAGCUGUCCCGAGUCCUUCAGCUCCGGUGCCUGCUGCUGCGCCUGCAGGUGCCACACCGCUUCAGCAACAAACACUUCAGCAGCCAAAACCCCAGGCUAUCCAAUGGUCACUUAAGGGGCCACUGCUCUUCCGGGCUGGAGAGCUCGUAUGGUACCAGACCGGUAAUACCUGGCGGCUUGGGAUUAUUUCGGCCCCUGGUACUAUGACCCCCAGUGGUAUGACAUUCGAGUUAUUACCUAUUGGCCAUGCCGUGGUGCCUCAAGCAAAUGUGACCAAAGCUGAGGCCGACUUGCGGCCAUUCCACUGCUAUAGCGUCCCUUCCGUCGACAUUGCAGAACUCAAGGACAAGGUGUUUGACGAUGUGCCUUGGGAAAAUCUGUUUCAGGCUGCGGGGAACAAUGCAGUUCGACGAGAUCUUAUUAACCUCGAUGCUUCCAAGAUGGCUGCCUCAAAGGUCGAUUUCUCUCACUCACUUUGGACCCGUCGCGGUGACGACCCCACCGGAAAAGCCGUGUCCUAUUACGGCUGUUUUUUCGGUGCUGAGCGCCUCGAAAUCGGCGAUGCCGUACGGGUGAAAAUGGCAGGGGCUGAAGCGAACUCCAGCCAGACAACCGUGAUGGGCUUGCUGCACAUCUUCACUAGCGCCGACUAUCCCGGCUCUGUUUUCUUCCGCGGGCCAAUCUAUCAGCUGUCGAAGGGCCCUAGUCCCGCAGGCACCGUCAUCGACGAUGAGAAGGACAAGCUGCCCCUCGCGCUGCAGGAGGAGGUUCGAUGGCGGACACAAGUCACGCGAAGUCGGCAGUGGUGCUGGAUUCUCAUUAAGGAUAAUGUUGUGUUUAAAGAGCAGUCUAUUCGAGGCCGCUUUUACCCUACGCAUCGACUGAUGCCUAUUUACAAUAUGAAUGACUUUAGGGGCCUAGUCGCGGGGCAACCGUUGAGGGAUCAGCAUAUAUACUUGAAUAAUCGGAUGGAUGGAGCAGGAGGGAGACACAUUGGGCGGAAGGCGAAUCGACUCGAUACGCUGGGGCCUUGUGUGCCGCACACGGCAAGGCUGGUGCUCGAGCCACACAUCAUAGAG